CCUUCGCAUUCCAGGGCAGCGCUUGUAAACGAUUGGCUAGAAGUGAGAGAUAGGGCGGAGUUCGUAUUUAUUGAGCCGAAAAGGCCUUCUGUCGCUAACGUGUAUUCAGAUUAAGAAAAACGUUCAUUGAGAAAAGAGCAGGUUAUUGUGUUCCCACGCUAUAUCCUAAUCAUUUAAAUCCUAACGGUCGAGACUGUCUAAGGGAAAGCAGAGUUUUCAACAUUACAUCAAAUAAAAAUGGAUUACUCUUUGUUAUUGGUGUGUUUAAGUGCGGUAAAUCUGGCAAUGGCCGAAAACGAUAUCACCGAAUGUUCGGUCAACGAAUACUUCGACACGGACUCUAACGAGUGCAGUCCGUGUACCCUGUGUGGGGCAUCCAACACCAUCAUCCGGGUCCCCUGUUCCCCGUACGCCGACACCGUCUGUGGACCUUUCCUGGAGUUCGACACAUUUCAUCAGGCCCCAGUCAUCAAUCUCCUGCCAGCGGAUAACGAAACCACCAAAGUACUGGUCACCGGUUCGAUCUCCUCCCACGGGUCAUUCGAGGCCACCAAGACCCACGGGAGCGUCCCCGUGGAGAUGGUCACUGACGAGAGGUGGUACACCCUGGCCAUGGCGCUGGUCGGGGUUCUGUCCUUCGUGUCCCUCAUCAUUAUUAUCUACAUCACCAUCUACUGCUUCAUCUGUCGCAAAAAUAGAGAGGAAAAAGAACUGAUAUAUUAUCCAGAGCUUUGUUCGUCUGCUCCGGAAACGCCAAUGGUCCUAACACCACGGAUGACAUCACGUGAUCGUCUAAAGAAACACAUGAUUACGUCAUAUGAUGACAGUGGUGACAACUACGGUGCCACGUCCAAUAGGGUGGUUCUACUGGCCGGCGGGGUCGAGCCAUUCCUUGCUCCUUGCGAAUUGUCGACCGAAAGUGAUGACAACAGCGGACAAACUGUAUCAUCCUCCUCGACCAACUAUGUGUAUUUCAAGGCCCCGCCACAUGAAAAUGUUUGACAAUUUUUGUGAAAAAAAAGACCAAAAAAACCCAAACACUUUGUGGAGUUAAUCUCGAACGUCAAUAACCUUAGUGACUUUUCUCAUUCAAGUACAUUCCAGACAAGAGUGUACUUUUUUUCAAAACCGUCCAAAAACGUUACUAAUUGAAAAUAACCGUGUUUAUAGAGACUGCAUUUAUAGCCUUUAUGUAUAUUCAUGACUACGUUUUUUUUUCGUUGUGUGUGUGCGAGUGCUUGGUCACUGACAUUAAUAUAUGCAGGCAGAAAAGUGUUUUCAAUUCACUUUGGGGGUUUAACAUUACAAAAGACUUGGUUUUGAACAUUUCCCCCACAGUUCACACAUCCGAAAAUCAUUUAUCACACGAUGUAGUGACCGCGUAAAGAUUGUCACUUAAAUGUGUGCAAGAAGGGUCCUUCAUUGGUGCUAAGGCCGGACUGAAGUGACGGACCCUAAUCUGUUUCCUGCUUGAUUGUGGCCCCCGCUGCUUCUACGAAUAAUACCGGUCAGCAACCAGGGCCCGAGUGACCCUCUGACCCUAGAAUCGAUGUCCAUUUAUCCCUGCAUCUCAAAAUGACUCAGGAAAGAUGUGGUCAGAGGAAAGAUGCUGUUCGGGGGGAAAGCGCCAGGUCCUGCCACCAAUCGUCAAAACUGUGUUCAUCUUAUUAGUAGAGUUUAUUUAUUUUAUUUGACCUUAGCAAGAGAUUUGCGCUGUGUUCGUAAACCGUUCAAUGUGUUCUUUUUAUAUGUUCAUGUUUUUCCUUUGAAUGAUGAUGAUUUUAUUUCAUUGCGAAGUUUUUUUUUCUCACACUAUUUAAACUUAUUUUUUAUGUAUUUAAGAAGUUAGGUGAUAAUUCGAAUCUGUAAAGUACACAACAAUCUUGCCAAAAAUUGAUUAAUGUAUUAAUUAACGUGUGUAAAAAUCGACUGUGAUAAUACCCCGUGUAUCCAUGUCAGAUAUUUAUUUUUUUACUAACAAUGUACAUGUAAAAAUGUGAAAACAUUCAUGCAAUGCAGCAUUGAUUUCUCUCUUCUUCUGUUUUUUUUUUAAAGAUAUGUACGGGAAUUUGUUUAAAAAAAAUAAAAUGAUCAGAACCGAAAA